UGACAUUAGUUUUGAAAAAUAAUUGGCAAUUCUAUAUUGUAAAUUCUAUGCAUGAAAUAUUAUUUUGUUGGUAAUGUAAAAUUAGAAUAAAUUAAUUAAAAAUGAGUGGCACUGAUAAAAAGGAUAAAGAUAAUGAAGCUGACUGGAUGGUAGUGGCCUCAAAAUCGAGAAUAGGACAUUUCUACAAAUUCAACAAAAGAACAGGCGAGAGGGUUUGGUGCAGUAGAAGUGGUACCGAUAUAAAAGCUGAAAUACCAGCAACGCCAAUAACAAACAGUUCACUUAAAACUCCUGCACAGGAUCGUUUAAAACGUUUACAAAAUAAUUUAAAGAAAAAUAAAAAUGAUGAAAACAAAAUUAAUGAGAAAGCAAAAGCAGAUUUGGAAGAAAGGAUCAAUGCCAGAAAUAGAAUAUUUGGAAAUAACAAGUACAAGGUACCAGCUGCUAAGCGUGAUUCGAAUCACGAUGAGUCAACGGAAGGUGCAACUAAACGAAAAAGAAGUGACAGCAUUAAAAGCGAGACCAAAAAGGAAGUGAAUACGAAUGCGACGAAUAAUGAGUUAUUGGAGUCUUCAAAUAAGUCUUCUGCUAAAACAAGUGAUUCAGCUGAAGUAACACCAAAGAAAAGAAAACGCAAGGCCACAAAAACUAACUCAAACGAUUUCAUUCCAUCGACAAAAAUAAAAAAACCGGAAUCUCAAACAAAUUUAGUACCUGCAGAAAGCACGACCGCUGCCACAAUUUGUGCAACUAUCUGUAAUAAAGCGAUGCAACUCUUUAAGAAACAAUUUUUCUCAAGCAAAACUAAAGUAGAAAACAAAAAACUAGAAGAUAAAAAAGACAAAAAAACAAAUGUGCCAAAGGAACCAAAGAAAAGCAGUGAUAUUGUUAUUACCAAAGCUUGUGAAUCAUUGGUUACUACUUCACACACUAAAGAUGUGUCUAAAACAAAAUGUACUACAGCCACUGGAAGAGCUAACAAGAGUUUACCGCUUUUUAAUUCCAAACCCAGUGUAUCAAUGUUAUCAACAUCAUAUACUCAAGGUGUACCUAAAUUAACUGGUGGUCCAUUGACUGGAAAAGACAAUUUCAAAUCUUGUGAAUCAUUGUUAGCUAGCUCAACCCUUAAAGUUGUGCCUAAAUUACCUAGCUCUGCAUUCACUGGAAAAGCGAAUGAACGCUUACAACGACUGCGACAGUCACUCAAACAGCAGGUAAACUUAAUGGAAUCCAAUCUCAAUGCAGACGGUGGUUCAAUAAAUAGGAGUUUUAUUGAUGCAGAGAGUCAAAAUGAAAAUUCUAACCCACAAGCUGUCAUCAAGGAAAAUGAAAUUGAGCAAAUGGAUUGGGAACCCACAGAGUAUACUAUUGGAGAAUACAAUAUAAACAUUAAUGUCACUUGUCCGCAACCAAAGCCAGAGCCAACUAUAGAAUCUACAGAAAAACAACGUAUAAAUGAAGACAUACGUGACACCUAUGAAAUUUUAAAUAAAAAUCUUCUGCGUUUAUCUGCCGAAAAUAAUUUUACAAAUAAAACUAUUACAAAAACUUGGCAUAAAGACCAUUUUUAUUUUGUCGUGGAUACAAAUGUAUUAAUGAGACAACUUACAUUUACUGAUGAUCUUACAAAAAUGAAGUUAUGCAAUACUGAAGGCACUAUUGUGUUUAUACCGUAUAUAGUAUUACAGGAGCUUGAUAAACUAAAACAAUUCGGUCAAACAGAGUCAGCGAAGACAAUGGCAUCGCGUGCUAUACGCCACUUGAAUGUUAAACUUGAAGCGAAAAAUAAACAUUUACAAGCACAAAGUGUCGUCGAAGAUCGCAGGCAUUUAAUUGAUAUAACUUCAGCAGAUGAUAGGAUCAUAAACUGUUGUUUACAGAUUAAAGAAAAUGUUGAAAAUGUUAUACUUUUGACUGAGGAUGUUAAUCUACAGAACAAAGCUCUGUGUAGCGAUCUGGUAGCAACAACAAAAUCAAACUUGCUUUCGUCACAUCCCGAAACAAAUACCAAAUCAUGACGAAUUCAAAACUUUUUGUUUAAUUUGUUUAAAUUUAAGUGAAAAUAUAUUAUAUAAAUAUAUUUUUAUAUAUGCUUUUAUGUUGAGUUUUGUGCAACAAACAUGAAUUAUAUAUUUUUCUAAGUGGAUU